CAUCCUGGGAAGCACAACAGCAGGACAAUGUCAUCCUCUGUCUCCCAGGGUCUCCUUUUGCUAGCAGGCCUGUGCUGCCUUUUCUCUGGCUCCCAGCCUCAAGAUCCUCUGGAGAUAGAUGUGAAUGAGCACGACCAUGAGCAUCAGGAGCACCUGCCCUGCCAACGCAUCUCCUACAGCAUCAUCCAGUUAACCUUCACCUUGUAUCAGAAGUCGGAGAGUUGGGCAAAAGACACCAACAUCUUAUUCUCCCCAGCGAACAUCAUUGUCGCCACUUUAAUGCUCUCCCUAGGAACCAAGAAUAGCACCCACAGCCAGAUCCUGGAAGGACUGAAGUUCAACCUCACAGAAAUGCCCAAGAACUACAUUCAUGAAUGCAUCAAGCAACUUCUUUCUAUCCUUCGUCAGCCAGACCACAGGUCCCGGCUGACUAUAGACAGCAGCCUAUUCACUGACCAGAGUCUGAAGCUGGUGGACAAGUUUGUGGAGGAUGUCAAGGGGCUGUACCACUCAAAAGUCAUUGCUGUCAACUUCAAGGACACCCAACGAGCCCAAAAACAAAUCAAUGACUAUGUGGCAGAUGAAACCCAAGGGAAAAUAGUAGGAUUGGUCAAGGAUCUGGAGAAAGACACAACGUUUGCCAUGAUGAACUACAUCUUCUUCCAAGGCAAAGGGUAUGAAGAAGUCGAUGUGGAACACACCUUAGAGGCGGACUUCCACGUGAACAAGGACAUGACCAUCAAGGUGACCAUGAUCAAUUGCUGGGGUAGAUUUUUCUUGCACCGCGAAGAAGAACUGUCCAGCUGGGUGCUGGUAAAACAUUAUAUGGGGGAUGCCACCGCCUUCUUCAUGCUGCCCGACGAAGGGGAGAUGCAGAAACUAGAGAAAGUCUUGAAUGAGACUCACUUCAUAAAUAUUUUAAAGCUCAUCGACUUAAGGACUGUAAACCUGUACUUUCCCAAACUGUCCAUGUCCACAACCUACGACCUGAAGACCAUCCUGAGCACCCUGGGCAUCACCCAGGUCUUCAGCAAUGAGGCUGACCUCUCAGGGAUCACGCAGGACACUCCCCUGAAGCUCAACAAGGCUGUGCAAAAGACCGUACUGACCUUCAAUAACGAAGCAACAAAAACUGCCAGAAACAGUAGCUUGAGAAAGAUGGCUUUGCCUAAGGUCCCUGUCAUCCGUUUCAACAGGCCCUUCAUAGUUAUCGUUAAAGAUGAAUACACCAGUGUCCCCCUCUUUGUGGGGAAAGUGACAAAUCCCACCGAAAAUAGUUGACUUCCAAUUCCAGUCAUCCUCACCACCCCAUUCCAGCAUGUACCCUCCUGAUGACAUUAAACAUGGGAUAGUUCUGCUCACUCCUGAAUGCGAUCAGCAAAUCUCUCUCCUGGUAGUGUCUGUGUCUUCCUGUUUCCUGAGGAGUGUAGGGACUCCUGACCACAGUGUGUCUCAGUGUCCCCUGCAUCCAUGUUUAGGCGAUCUUCGUGCUGUCACAUCUCCAGCACUGAAAGGAGAGGGCCAUGUCCCCUUCUGGUUGUACUGCAUCAUCUCACUGGGCCUAUCCUCUCUGUCUCCGGGGAAUUUCCUGAGACUAGCUGGAGGAGAAGGUUGGUAGAGGUCUUCCUCCUUGGGGCUGGAGCAGGACCCCAGUCUCUGUCCCUGUCAUUCCUUUCCUGCCAGAGGAGUCUCAUAAUCCCCCAAUGAACAGGAAGCUCUCUGGGUCCUAUCUUUUGUCUUCUUCUCAAGCCAAUCAGGCCAGUAACCCCAAAGCCACUCAUUCUGUCCUCGCCAGUCAUGUGUCCUUUGUACUUAAAAACCACUACCGAGCCUGUGGGAUGGCUCAGUGGGGAAAGGCGUUUGCCAUUAAGCCUGAUAACCUGAGUUUGUUCCCCAAAACCCACAUGGUAGAGGGAGAGAUCGGACCCCAACAACUGUCCUCUGACCCCCUUCACAUCUGCCAUAUCAUGUCCCCCUUCUGCCAGCAUAAAGAAAUACGUGU